AAACGACUGCUGGAUGCGAUGAAGCCAUGUAACACCCGUCUGAACUCAGAAGAGAAGGGAAGAAAUGGCCACAAACCCCACAUGUUGUAUACCUACGACCCGAACCUCAGCUUCUGCUACCCCUCCUCACUACCUGGGGUGUUCCCUGACAUAGAGUGCUGCAAGGCAAAGUGUGAGCUGAUCUUGUUGAGUGGUUUCCAUGUGGACAAGAAGGACCUGAAGCGUGGCUUGUGUAUGGGAGCAAAACAACACGAGUUCUACCCAGGUUUCCCCACUCUGAGACACAUACCUCACAAGGCAAGUCUGAAGAAGAAAGGUGUAAGGGUCUUCCAGAUGGCCAGUAAGAAUGAGAGCCAGUUCCUUGUGAUCCAGGAUGACUCGGAGCCUGAUAUUGAGAAAAUUGCCAAUGAGUACUUAGGAAAAUCCAUCUAUGUGGACUGGCCCCACCUCCAAGAGGCAAGAGUCAUCAAAGUGUCUGACGACCAAGUGCAAUUCACCCUAGUGGAGCAGUCUGGAGGACUCAGAACUAGCAAUAACAGUCGCCAGCGCCGCUCCCAGAUCCAGAAGUCAGAAAUCACCGACAAGGAGCGAGCUCGGUGGCUGAGGGAGGUCAGCGACCUGACGGAAAAGUACAACGACAGACGGGGUAUUGAUGUCGGAAUCACGUUUGUACUGAUCCACGCCUGUCGUAUCGUUGGUCGAAAGUACAUCUGUGGUGUCAACGGGAACGUCACACUUGAAAAACAGUGGGGGAACCAACCGGAACCUUUCCUACUCCAAACAACUGUAAAGGACAUUGCUGUCCACGACCCCAGCUACAAACAGUUCCGCACCCUUGAUGAGCUGUUCUGCCCAGGCACCACAUGUUUCAUGCUGGGCAACCCUCACUAUGGCUGUGAAGGGGAGGUGUUUGAAGUAGAGAGUGUGAAGGAGGGACGGGUCCGUGUGCUUUUCUCCAUUCCACAUGAGCCAGACAUAGAUGAAAUCAGGUCUCGCAGCUCGAAGGACCUCCAGAUCCAGUACAUCCCAUCGUACAUGAUGGCUCAGAGACUGGGCAUCACAGGGCUGCUUUUGUCUCGCAUCACUGGGGACUUCCAGAUUCUCAGGGGUUCCAGAGAAAGUGCCAACAGCAGUUCCAAGGUCAACAUUGGUCUGAACAUCAAGUUCAGCAAGAGAAGUAAAGAGGUGCCCGGGUACACCCGCAAGUCUGAGAACGGCUGGAUGUACUCUCUCAAGUGCCAAGCUCUCAUCUCGGAAUAUCUGCAGAAGUUUCCUCACUUCUUUGAGUAUGUAGCCAGACACCCCAAUGAGGACUGUUACUAUGAAGAGGAGAUCUUCAAUGAACAAAACAAGAUGGAUGAGGCCACACUUCAAAAGAUCAAAGACUGGCUGAAGACUAUUCCUACGUACGGGAUGGAGACGGUAGACUGCGGGACGCUGGCCCUGGACGAACCUGUUGUCAAGGCCAUCGAGGAAUCUGUGGUCAAGGUCAAGAGUGACAAGAGGAAGAAGAAGAAGGUCAAGAUGGGAGUCAGGCCAUUUCUGCUCUUCAGGCCUGUAGAUCACCAAGGCUUCUUGGUGCCCGACCCCGGUGCAGACUUCCAGUUGUUUGACCGUGUUGUUAACGUGAGGGACGGGCACGGUGUCCCCCUGGGGCUGCGCGGAACCGUCAUUGGCAUCCACUCAGCGGCCAAGGAGGUCGACCUACUGUACGACAUCGUCUUUGAUGAACAGUUCCAAGGAGGCUUGUCGCUUAAGGGCUGUUCUCCAGGCUAUGGCUACAGGAUGCCUCCGUCUGGCCUCAUCAACAUCUCCUUCGGCCUGAGGAAGGAGAGUGGUCAGCUGAAGGGGAAGCCAACUGCGGUGGUCAAGCCGACGUCCACGCCAUCGCCCCAGCAGAGAACACCCGAGCAGUACUCCAGCAUCCUCCGCAAACCACCCAACAUCCUCAACCACUCCCCGAACUCUCCCUUCACUCCAAAACAGGCAAGCCCUUAUACAACAAACAAGACUGCCCAGUCCACUCCGCCCAGCAGCACCCCUCAGUCGUCACGAGGAUGGUACAGCCCACAGGCAUCGCCUCAGUUUGUAACUCCCAAGGUGACCCCAGGGUCAGGGGUCAGGACAAGGUCAGACCAAUCUGGAAGUGGACAGAGUGCAGAGAAGUCCCAGGAUGUGGAUGAGUUUGCCAACAUGUGGAAACAGCUUCAGCAGGCUGGCUCCCCCCAGCCACCAACAAGUGGUCCUGAGACGUCUGCACCUACCUUAGAACAAGCAGCAAGGUCACUUCCAAUGCACACUCCACCCUGGAACCAAGGAAUGCCGUCAGGACAGCCACCCCCCACCCAGGUGGCGAAGCCCUCCCCAUACCCACAGCAGUCCCCCCAACUCUACCAGUCCCCCCACCCCAAACAAAAGAUUCAAAUCCAAUCCAGGGACCCACAACAGGGCUUGCCUUCAAACAACCAGCCUUCAGAUGAUUUCUCCAGGCUGUUGGCAUCACUGCAGUUGUCAGCAGAAAAGAGUUCUGGAAACCCCCAUGAGAGCCAGGGCACUUUUGAGCAGACUCCUUAUGUCAGGGAUGUCAAGUCACCAAACACCAUGAAAAAGGAAGGAACGGAGGCCAUAUGUCAGAUGUUGAACAUUGGGCAGAGGAAGUCAGGUGAGACCUUCAUGAUGGCAGGUGGACAAUCUCAGGGCACCAUAAACUCCAGUGUGAUACCUAAUAAUGCACCCUCUACAGCCACAACUUACGGCAUGCCUAUUGCUGUGUCUUCUUUGUUUAAAGGUGCAGCUGCUCCAGGCCAGGGGGUUUCUGUCACCUCCCCCAUCCCCCCACGUCCCAACCUCAUCCCCCAUCCCAGACCCAUACUCAACCCCCCACAACCCCACCUUCCACAGCCCCUGCCCCCUGGUGUGAGACCCCUGCUACAAAACACCCCACCCGGGGGGGUCAGACCUCCUGUCCAGCCCCCACCCUCAGGAGUGCGACCCCAGGGGCAGGCCCCACCCACCUUACAGCUGCUGCAGUGGUGUAUGAACGUUGGCAUGGGUCCUCCCAACUACCAGCAUCGCCCUGAAAAGAACAUGUGGGUCUGCACGGUGAGACUGGCCAGUGGACUGACUCUGCAGGGGGCCCCUUGUGCCACCAAAGAGUACGCUGCGGAUAGCGCCGCAGCAGUCACAAUACUGCAUGUGAACUCCUCCCAGUCCCAGGCACCAAACCACCCUAACUUCCACCCAGGCUCUCCCAUGAGUGGGUUCUCCCCACGCAGACCCAUGCUCCGCAAUCCUCAGGUUGCAGCUUCCCCACCCAGGGGACCUACAGGUUUCCCUAACAGGGCCUCUAUGAUUCCUGGCUCGCACCCCUUCCCAGGAAUGGUACGUCCUUUCCCUGGCCAACCACAGUACAACAUGCCCUCACCUGGCUUUGUCGGGCCAGCCCAACUCAGUCCCCAGCCGGGGUGUCCAACCUCAACUCAUGGUCUUCUCAAGAACAACCCAUUUGUGCCUUUACAGGUAACGAGACAGACCACACCACAAAAGUCUAAGGACGAGGUAGCGAGGGAUUUCAGCCAGCUCCCCAACAUGCCGGCACCCACCCCCGACCAGCAACAGGCUUGGACUGAAGAGCUGGAGGCAACCAUCAACAAAGUUAGAGAAGCCAGCAAACAAGAACGGAAUUCUUCAACAGAAGUAGGGUCAGGGCAGGCCAGCUUAGGUAGUGAUGGUAAUAGUGUAGUAAAGAUGACAGGAAAGGAAGGGUCAAAUGAGGGAAGUAGUGAGAUGGCUGAAGAGGAAAACAAGGAGAAACAAGUCAAGAAAGGUACUGAAAGAAGAAAACCACAAAUUAAGUUAGCUGUGAAGUUUGGGGUUCCACCUCAGGAGUGAGACUUUAAAAGAUAUUCCUCUAUGUGUGAUGAAGUCCUAUUCAGUUACACAGUACUGGCUGAGAUAGGCUCUACAGGCGCAAUAUAAGUGAAAGAGAAUUUCAAAUAUAGUAAUAAAUCAGUAUUAGGGGUAGUAUGUUGCCAGUCAAAGGCAUCGUGUUUUUGUUUUGAUCAAAGAUGGCUGUUGCAACUCAACAGGUCAAGUAUGCAUUGUGUAAAUGUGUAAAGAUGCAUUUCAUUUGAUGAAUUCUGUUAAAAAUUAAAGCUUUGUGUGAAAGGUACUUGAUGGAUGUUGCUGACACUUUCCACCUGCUUAUUUUUACGAGGAAAAUUGAAAACUUCAUUGUUUUUAAGUGUGCACAUCUCAAUGUAUUAACUGCCAAAAACAAAUAUUUGCAAGACUGAUCAUACAUUUUGGUGCACCUUACAGCUUACUUGUAUUCCAAUUCAUGUUCCAAGACAAACAGUAACUUAGUACCAAAUACACACAUAGCAUUAAGAAAAUACGUUGUACCUAUUAUUACGAUGAUAGUUUUUGUCUCUUUACAAUAUUUGCCAUUCUGGCUUCAACAGUAUUUUUCUGACACAGAUAAGUU